AUGAAUAAAAUGGAAACAAACGUGAAGCCUCCUAAAAAAAAACCUACAACAAUAGAAGACCUCACGAAAGAACAAAUUCAACAAGCGAUAAUUAAGAAACGAGAGUGUAACUCAAAAGCGCAACAUAUAGUUGAAAGUUUUCUAGAAAAUAGCAUAAACGAAGUUUAUUUCCUCAAAUGCUUACCAGACCUAAACCAGUCUCAUUUCGAAGAUGUUAUUGAAGAACGAUCAAUCAUAAGUCUAUGUGGUUACCCGCUCUGCUCGAACACAUUAUCCAAGAAAGACAUACCGAAGCAAAAAUACCGAAUCUCCAUGAAAACGAACAAAGUAUAUGAUAUUACAGUUAGAAAAAGCUUUUGCAGUAAUAGUUGUUAUAAAUCUGCCAUGCACAUUAAAAAGCAGAUGCUAACAAGCCCGCUUUGGUUUAGAGAAUAUGAGAUAAUCCCACAAUUUAAUUUAUUACCAAUGAAUUCGGCAGAUGGUUGCAUGGGACAGGAGAUUGAUGUGUCAAUAAUUGACAGAGUGAAAGUAGAACUUGAAAACAAGCCUUUCGUAGUUACCAAUGGUUUUGUAAAAGCUACUCUUAGAGAUAUGGCAUCAAAUAAUGGUAAAGAUGAUGUAUAUAAUAAAGCUACUGAGGAGCAAAAUGAACAAAACUUUAAAUUAAGUACAGAAAGUACUGAACUGGAUGAAAAAGAAAUGAAGCAUAAAGACAGCGUAAAUAAAGCAUCAGAAGGGAAAUCCUAUAUCUUAAAUUCAGAAUCAAAUUCUGUUCAAACACAAAAGUAUCUACAGGAAAAAUCUUGUCCUGUAUCAGUGAAGUCUGAAAAUACUGAUAAAAUGAAAAAAGCAGUAUACAAUCCAAUGAACAUUGUCGGAGAUAUCAUAGAAAAACCUGAGAAGAAAAUUGAUUUGACUUUACUAAGUGCAAAGGAUGAACAAAAUAACGCAAGCUCAUCUCUAUCUCAAGAAAAAAAGAAAGAGAAAAAGCCAUUAGUGACUGUAUUAAUUGUAGAAGUGGAAAAAUGUCUAGCAGAAUGGUUUACUUUAGACACAUUAAUUUUUCUCUAUGGCGAAGAGAAAGUGAGAGAAAUGGUAUCAGAUAAAGAAGACAGUGUGAAAGAAUAUCUGAAAAAUUUUACAAAAGGUACAUUCUACAAUUCCACAGCCUAUGAUCAAUACCAAGCUUUAUGCAGAAAACUUAAUAUGCUCGAAUUAGAAGACAAACGUUAUGAUGCCAAAACAAUGCAAAGGGAAAUGAAACCGCUGCCAGAUUACACUAUACUACAGGAAGAAAGCAAGAAAAUACAAUUGAAAGUAAAGGCGUUUUUUGCUGGUCAAACUGAAAUACCUGAACCAGAGCCUGAAGAAAAGAACACACAAUCAGAUGAGAACUUCACAGCUUUGCCAUUAGUAGACAAGAAUUCUCAAAAUGCAUUACGUAGACGAAUAGUCUGUCAACAUUUAAAUAAGACCCUACCGGACAUCUUGAGGUGCCUAGGUUUAUUAAGUUUGGCCAUAAGCACAGAGGUGCGUCUUUUGGUAAACACAUUCAAAUUGAAAGCAAAUAAUAUAAUGUUUAAGCCGAUUCAGUGGACUAUGAUUACCAUAAUAUUUAUAAAACUUCUAUCAUUAAGAGAUGUACACUUGGCACACUUAUUGGAGCAACCAAUGGCAUACCAACAUAUUCAGUUGUUACUCUUGAGUUACAAACAAGAUAAUGGCUAUUUAGAUAGACUAAUAUUUUGGCUGACCGAUGUUGAUAGAUUAUUGAAUACAAACAGUCACUGUGCUAUAGAAUGAUUGUAUGCAUAAUCUUACUGUAACAUUAAUGUAACUUGUGAUAUUUUAGAUUGUAAAUACUUGUUUUGUUCAAAACACUUUUUUUUAAUUCAAAAUAUUGUUGUUUUAGUUUCAUGGAAUAUAAACUUGCCAGAGUAAUAUUUAUCAAUAAA